AAAGAAUAUUUGUCUAUCAAAGAAUAAAUUCCCAGGUGUUGUCGUUUUAAUGGGUUUUAUGGUGAAUACGCAAAACGAAGGUGGUAGUGGUAACCAUUCAUGGGGUUGCUUAAGAAACUUGGUAAGAAGGAAACAAGUCGACUCUUCAAAUGGCAAAGCAGAGACUCAUCAUCACCAACAACUCGCCAAAGCUUUGACUUUUCCUCACUUGAUUGCCAUUGGUGUUGGAUCAACAAUAGGAGCAGGGGUUUAUAUUCUUGUGGGAACAGUUGCUAGAGAGCAUUCAGGACCUGCUCUUGCUUUUUCCUUCCUUAUAGCUGGAAUUUCCGCUGCGCUUUCUGCGUUUUGUUAUGCGGAACUAUCUAGUCGUUUUCCCUCAGCUGGGAGUGCCUAUCAUUAUUCUUACAUUUGCAUUGGUGAAGGUGUUGCGUGGUUGAUUGGCUGGGCGCUGAUUUUGGAAUACACUAUUGGUGGUGCAACAGUUGCCCGUGGCAUAUCUCCAAAUCUGGCAAUGAUUUUCGGUGGUGAAGAUUGUCUUCCUAUAAUAUUAGCUCGUCAUCAAAUCCCAGGCCUCGAUAUCGUUGUUGACCCAUGUGCAGCGGUACUAGUGUUCAUUGUAACAGGGCUCUUGUGCCUUGGAGUAAAGGAGAGCACAUUUGCUCAGGGAAUUGUAACAACAGUGAAUGUCUGUGUCAUGCUAUUUGUCAUAGUAGCUGGUAGUUAUCUGUGUUUCAAGACAGGUUGGGUUGGUUAUGAACUUCCAACGGGGUAUUUUCCGUACGGGGUUGAUGGAAUGCUUACUGGAUCUGCUACUGUCUUCUUUGCUUACAUCGGGUUUGAUUCAGUUGCAAGUAUGGCAGAGGAGGUGAAAAAUCCCCAGCGGGAUUUACCGCUCGGUAUUGGUCUUUCACUCCUGCUUUGUUGUUUGCUAUACAUGAUGGUGUCUGUAGUUAUUGUUGGUUUAGUGCCGUAUUAUGCUAUGGACCCUGACACUCCAAUAUCAUCUGCAUUUGCUAGUCACGGAAUUCAAUGGGCUGCAUAUUUGAUAACUUUAGGUGCUGUAAUGGCUCUCUGUUCUGCUUUAAUGGGCUCCAUUCUCCCUCAGCCGCGGAUUCUGAUGGCAAUGGCAAGGGAUGGACUCUUGCCUUCAUUUUUCUCAAAUGUGAAUCAACGCACGCAUGUUCCUAUUAAUGGCACCAUAACAACUGGUGUCUGUGCAGCAGUCUUAGCUUUCUUUAUGGAUGUUUCGCAACUGGCGGGAAUGGUGAGUGUCGGGACACUAGUUGCUUUUACAAUGGUUGCAAUAUCAGUGUUGAUAGUCAGAUAUGUUCCUCCAGAUGAGGUACCUCUUCCUUCAUCACUUCAAGAAAACUCAUCCAGUCACGUCGGAAUUUCCAGUAGUAGUAAACAACCUUUACUUUGCAAAGCUAAUGCUUCAAUUGUGGAUAAGGAAAAAGCUCAAGGAGGUUGGGUUCUCAACAAAGAAAACAGAAGGAAACUUGCUGGUUGGAGCAUUAUGUUCACUUGUAUUGGAAACUUCCUUUUAAGCUAUGCAGCGUCAAGCUUCCUCUUGCCAGGACUCCUUCGAUAUUCUCUAUGUGGUGUUGGUGGAUUGUUACUUCUUGUCGGUUUGAUUGUUCUGAGUUGUGUAGAUCAGGAUGGUGCUAGACACAGUUUUGGGCAUUCUGGAGGCUUCAUUUGCCCGUUUGUUCCGCUUUUGCCUAUUGUCUGCAUUCUUAUCAACAUGUAUCUCUUGGUAAACCUUGGAGCUGCGACAUGGGCUCGUGUAUCGGUUUGGCUGGUCAUUGGAGUGUUUGUUUACAUUUUCUAUGGGAGAAGAAACAGCUCUCUUGUGAAUGCAGUUUAUGUCUCCACUGCUCACGUCCAGGAGAUUCGUCGCACUUCUGGACAUUCUUUGGCUUAACUCUACAUGAAACCAUCAAUGGAAGCUCAAGGGGAAUAGGAUAAGUGGGUAUUUCCUUUGUAAAACAUGUUCAACAAAAUCUGUAUAAUAUUAUAUUUUUGAGAUUGGAGUAUCCAGUCUUGUUGUAAAUAAAAGUUCAAUGCCAUU